GAAACGGAUGAUGUAUGUAAAAAGAUUUGGGAUCCUGAGAGCUCGGGAUAUUCAAAAAGCAGUAUUCCUCGUGGAAACCAGUCAGUUUACUACGACGCCGAGUCUAAUACGUGCAAGAAUUUCUUUACGCUUGGCUGCCUGGGAAAUGCGAAUAACUUUGGUAGUAUGAACAGCUGUGAAGAUAAAUGCGUCCGCACUGCUUCGAGAUUGCCAUUCAUAAACACAACUGGAACUUGUUUUGUCACUGGCAGAGAUCAUUUCAACACAUUUGAUAACACACCCUACAGAUUCUUUCAGGGAAAUUGUUCACAAAUGCUUGUCUUGGACAAAGAAAACCCCGAAGAGUUUAAGGUGGUCCUGAAUGGGAACUCGGGUUGCGAAAUGACUUAUCCUUGUCAAAAAUCCCUUGAUUUGGUUUUGAAUGGUGCGAAAGUAUACCUUGGAGCUAAAACCAACACCACGUUUAUUGUGAAAGUCAAUGAUAAACAGGUUAAUCUUCCAUAUACAGAUUCGUGGCCUUAUGUGAAAAAGAGUGGUCGUUAUGUUUUGGUGAAAUCACAAGACCACAUCAACAUUCUAUGGGACGGUGUACAAGAUGUCAUUAUCAAAGUCCCUGAUAGCUAUAAGCAAUCCAAUGCACACAAGUUGGUGGGUCUGUGUGGUCUUUUUGACGCGAAAAGUGCGAACGACUUUACCGACAUCGAAGGCAAUCUAAAGGGGAAAGAGGAUAUCCAAGACUUCGCAGACAGCUUCAAACAAGACGUAAGUUGUCUUAGCAGCCAGAACAGGAAGCCCCCCAACAGAACAUCCAGUGAAAUACGCGAAAUCGAGGAGAAGUGUAGUUUGAUGGGGGACGUGUUUGGCCCUUUCGGGCCGUGCCAUAAUUCUACCGAUUACCGUCCUUUUAUGGGAGUGUGCAUGUCGGACUUGUACGGAACCAGUAAGCAAUUCUGGGACGAAGCGAAAUGCGACUCGUUCGCGCUCUACGCCCGUGUUUGCGCGUGGUUCCACGGUACGUCAGUCAAAGGAUGGAGGACACCGAAUAGUUGUCCAAUCACGUGCCCAGCUGGAUUCGUGUACAAUGAAUGUGGAUCGUCUUGCCCAUUGAAUUGCCGGAAUCUCAACAGCAAAAAUGCCGGCUGUAACUCUCCUUGCACUGACGGAUGUCAUUGCCCCGAAGGAAAAUGGCUGGACGGCAAUGUUUGUGUUGAAAAAAGCAAGUGCUCCUGUUUGUAUCGAAAGGUAGUUUACCCCAAUGGCGCACAACGAGUGGAACCUUGUGAAACAUGUACUUGUAACGGUGGAGAGUGGAUGUGCUCAAAGAAGCCUUGUCCAGGAACUUGCUCCGUCAUCGGUGACCCUCACGUCACCACUUUUGACGGCAAGACGUACACCAUGCAUUUGAAGGAAUGCUCGUAUGUGCUGUCAGAGCAGUGUCACAUGCCUAAUGGAGUAGGUCGGGGCUACUCCAUCACUAUUCGCAACAGAAACUGCACAGCAAAUUACGCAAAUUGUAAACGGGAAUUGCUUGUGAAUGUUACUGGCCAACCAUUCUUAAUUUUGGAUGUCGAUGAUGCUACCAGGAAGCCGACUGCUUCCAUCGAGACUCAAAGUGGCAGCGUGACGAGUGUCAAAACGGAUUACUCCGCUGAGAAGAUGGAUGUCGAGUUUCUUGGUGACCGAAACAUUUUUGUUCGUGUUGACCUAGGGAAUGGGGUGGCAUUUUCUAUUCACUGGACUGGUUAUAACGUUUAUUUUACCGUGAAUUCGACGCUAAAAGACCAAACAUGUGGUCUUUGUGGUACAUUCAACGAUAUGAAAGAAGAUGACUUCCACAUGCGCAGUAAUGACGACGUAGUUUCCAUCGACGACUUCGCAAAGGAAUGGCUGAUCCCAGAUCUCUCCGAUGCAAAGUGCGAGACGGAAAGCGUGGUGAGCUCGAUCAACUACUGCAACAUUUAUGGACAAAACAAACAGUGGACCCUUGAUCAGUGUUUGAAACUAAAAGAUACUUCGCUUCCUUUUGCUGCCUGUCACAGUGAGGUGAGUGUGUUGGAGUACUUUGAAAAGUGUGUGCAAGACGGAUGUCGAUGCAAGGGAUGCCUGUGUGACGUCAUAGCAGGGUAUGCAAAGGCCUGUGCGGACAAGGGCAUCGAUUUGAACGGAUGGAGGAACUUAGUUUCCAGCUGCGCGGCAGAUUUCCAGUGCAAUGCAGACAUGAAGCUUGAGCAAUGUCACAGACAUAACAAUGGGUCAUUAGCUUGUCCUCAGACCUGCGAGGAUCUAAAUCCCGACCAAGACGGAGAUUGCAAGAGACGUGGCUGCGUAGAAGCUUGCUACUGUAAAGAUAAGGACCAGGUUUUGAGAGGCAACAAAUGCGUGCUAAAGGAGGACUGUCCUUGUUACUUUGAAGGGAAAGAGUAUGAGAAGGGAGACACACGAUUCGUUAGAUGCAACACUUGCACUUGCAAAGGAGGCGGACAAUGGGAGUGUACUAACGACGAUUGUGAUAAAAUGUGCGCCAGUGAUGGAAAGGUGUACUCAGACUGUGGCCUCACUUGCGACAACUACCUGAUGAGUGACAUCUCACGACAGUCCCGGUGUAAGCGGGGAUGUUUCUGUCCUGGUGAUCAACUGCUCCUUGAAAACGGAACUUGCGUGGAAAAGAAUCAGUGUGGCUGUAAACACAACAAUAAGAUUUAUCAGAAGGGUGAAGCUAACCCAGUUGAUUGCUCAAAAACUUGCAACGGCGCUCGUGAGUGGAUCUCCGACAACGCGACCAAUCCUUCGCCGGAAUUCGAGUGCGCUGCCACGGGUCAGGAUCAUUAUCGAUCAUUUGAUGGCAGAUGGAUCAAGUUUCAUCAGGAGAGUUGUAAGUUAACCAUGAUGAAAGAAGAUACAGUCGAAAUCUCUGUCAAGAACGAGCCUUGCAGUUUUGAAUGCGGUUAUGCAGUUAAUGACUUGUUGCUAUCUGCUGGAGUGUGGAAAAAAAUUGGUGUUCGAUUUGACCAAGGUUCCCGAGUGUAUAUCACACCCAAUCCAGCCUAUAGGAAAGCGGACAAGCUCUCUGGUCUAUGCGGUAACUUUAACGGACUGGUUCAGGAUGACCUGAAGCUUCGCGAUAACGUCACGGCAAGUGAUGAUCUUGAGUUUGGUUAUGUUUGGAAAGAUGAAGAGGACUGCCCCCGUCCAAAGUCUCUUGAUCCUUGUACGGAAAAUCCAUCUCGCCAAGGCUGGGCCGAGAAAGGCUGUAACGAGAUCAAGACAAAUGCCAACUUCAAAGCAUGCCACGAUACCGUAGAUCCUGAGCCUUAUUUAAAGGCCUGUAAACAUGAGUCCUGCCUCUGCAACGCGGGAGGGGACUGCGCAUGCUUCUGUUCAGCGAUAGCGACAUACGUUCGAGCCUGCAAUCAGAUGGGCAUCUCAAUUACAUGGCGUAGAGAAGGCUUUUGCGAACUACCAUGUUGUCGUCCCUGUGAGAAUACCGGUGGUUACCUUGCCAACAUUAGUUUGCCUUCAACGUGCGAGCAGACUCCAAAGGAUUGCGAAAAGUUGGGGGCAAGGUGCUGUCGAGGACCACGUGUGGAAGGGUGUUCAUGUCCCAGUGGAACUUUCUUCGAUGGUAAGAAAUGUGUCAAUCAGACUAGCAAGUGUGAGAGGCCUUGCGUUGGCUCAUCGACCGUCGCGUCCUCCACCACAAGUGUGUCAACUACAACCAGCAUCAGCAUUUCAAGUUCCUCACGUGCGAGCACAUCCACGUCAACAUCAACUUCAUACAGUAAGAGUACAUCUACUAGUGCAUCAACAUCUCUGAGCACAAGUACCUCGAUGUCAAUUAGCAGUAGUGUAUCUACGCCAUCAUCCACUAGUAUUAGCUCUCCAACAACAUCACUUUCGUCGUCAACGUCACUGACUUCAAGUGGGUCAACAAGUCUUUCAACGUCGGCCAGCACCUCCACGUCAACCUCAACUAGUGUGAGCUUACCAACAACAUCCGUUUCCACGUCAUAUUCAAGUGGUAGCAAAAGUUAUUCCACCUCAGCGUCUACUAGUGUGUCUAGUUUAGCCUCAACUAGUGCGAGCACUACUACAUCGGCGUCAACAAGUGUAUCAACUUCGCUUUCAACUAGUGUUUCAAGCAGCGUAAGUACGUCAACCUCGACCUCAAAGUCUGCUUCAGCUAGUAAAUCUACGUCGAUUUCUACCAGCUUGUCCAGUUCACAACCGUUAUACACUCAAGGUCUAUCUUCCUAUGGCACGAGUAAAUCAAAGUCAGUUUUUCAAGUGUCCUCGUCCCAGUCGAAGUCCGGCCCGAUAUUCCCGCCAAUCUCGUCAUAUCAACCAGUUUCAGAGAAAACUGCAGCCACUGUGUUUCCAUCGUCUGCGCACACAUGGUCCUCCAAAGUACAAUAUUCAAUACCUACAUCAAGUAGGAAGCCCCCAAGUUUGAAGUCACCGUCGAAAUCCUCUACAUCCAGUGUCUCAUCGUCCAGUAUAUCAACAUCAACCUCAGCUAGUACGAGCUUGAGCUCAAGUGCGUCGACAUCUACCUCAACAAGUGUAUCCACAUCCACAAGUGUGAGUUCAACAAUAUGGAGAUCAAGACGUCUUUCAAGCAUCACGGAGAUUAAGUAUUUCAGAGUUGAAGGUGGUAAAAGCUGUACCGAUCGUUGUAGAGGUGUUACUGCUGCAGUUACUUAUAUUAGUGCUGCUGCUGAUGCUAUUGUUGAUGGUAAUAAUGUUGGUGACGAGGAGGAAAAUGUUUCUACUUCAAAGUCCACUCCCGCGUUACCGUCGUCAUAUCAACCCUUUUCGGAGAAGACAGCAGCCACUGUGUAUCCAUCCUCUGCGCACUCGUCCUUCAGAGUACAGUAUUCAAUACCUACAUCAAGUAGGAUACCGCCAAGUUUAAAGCAAACGACGACAUCUUCAACAUCUAGUGCCUCAUCUUCCAGCUCAAGCACGUCUUCAUCAACAUCACAAUCAACAUCUUUGAGUUCAAGCAAGUCAACAAGUGUGUCGACCUCAGUGAGUAGUAGUACAUCCACCUCAACCUCAAAAGGUGUCAGCUCACCAACAACCACAGUUUUCUCAACAUAUUCCAGUGCCAGCACAAGUACCUCAACAUCAGUGUCCACCAGUGUAUCUACAUCAACGUCAACUAGUGUGAGUAUACCAACAACGUCUGUUUCCACGACAUUGUCAAGUGCGAGUACAAGUACAUCAACAUCAGUGUCCACCAGUGUGUCUACCUCAACGUCAACAAGUAAGUCGAAGUCAACAUCCACCUCAACCUCAAAGAGUGUUAGCACACCAACAACCACAGUUUUCUCCACAUACUCCAGUGCGAGCACAAGUACCUCCACAUCAGUGUCCAACAGUGUGUCUACCUCAACGUCAAGUAUUGUUAGUAUACCGACAACAUCGGUUUCUAGGACAUUGUCAAGUGCAAGUACAAGUACUUCGACGUCAGUGUCUACCAGUGUGUCUACAUCCACAUCUACAUCAGUUUCAACAUCGACUACAUCGAGUUCAAGUAGGUCAACUAGUGUAUCAACAUCUCUAAGCACAAGCACUUCCACAUCGACCUCAACAAGUGUUAGUACACCGACAACUAAAGUUUUCUCGACAUAUUCCAGUGCAAGCACAAGUACUUCAACAUCAAUAUCAACCAGUGUGUCUACUUCAACCUCAACUAGCGUGAGCAUUCCAACUACGUCGGUAUCCACGACACUUUCUAGUGCGAGCACUUCAACGUCAUUUUCCACCAGUGUGUCUACCUCAACCUCUAACUCUGCUUCAACAUCAAGUAGUGUUUCAACUUCCGUUAGCACAAGCACUUCCACGUCAACAUCAGCAAGUGUCAGUACACCAACUACAACAAUAUUCUCGACAUACUCAAGUGCCAGCACUAGUAUUUCAACAUCUAUAUCCACUAGUGUGUCUACUUCAACCUCAACAAGUGUAAGCACACCAACAACAUCGGUUUCUACGACAUAUUUUAGUGGCAGCAAAAGCUAUUCAACGUCAGUGUCCACCAGUACUUCUACUUCGACGUCAUCUUCUACUUCGAUUAGCUUAAGUAAAUCCGCAAGUGCUUCAAUAUCUGGUAGUACUAGUGUAUCAAAGACGACCUCAACAAGUGUAUCAACAUCUGCUAGUACAAGUUCGUCGACGUCAACGUCAACAAGUGUGUCCACCUCAACAUCUGCUAGUACCAGUGUUUCUACUUCGAGGUCCACUCCAGUGUUACCGUCGUCAUAUCAACCAGUUUCUGAGAAGACUGCAGUCACUGUUUUCCCAUCUAGUGCCCUGACAAGAAGUACAGGGACACAGUACUCUAUACCCACAUCAAGUCGAAAGCCACCAAGUUUGAAGCCAUCGACACAAUCAUCCACGUCAAGUUUGUCAACCUCAACAAGUUCUAGCACAAGCACCUCAACAUCAGCUUCCUCAAGUGUGUCUAUGUCGACCUCAAAAAGUGUGAGCACUCCAACAACAUCAGUUUCAAAGACUUAUUCUAGUGCCAGCACAAGUAUCUCAACUUCAGUGUCCACAAGCGUGUCGAUUUCAACCUCGAAGUCUAUUUCAACAUCGACUUCAUUGAGUUCAAGUAAGUCAACAAGUGUAUCAACGUCAACUAGUACCAGUACAACCAAGUCAACAUCAACAAGUGUCAGUACUCCAACAACCACAGUUUUCUCGACAUAUUCCAGUGCUAGCACAAGUACCUCGACAUCAGUGUCCACCAGUGUGUCUACCUCAACCUCCACUAGUGUGAGCAUUCCAACAACAUCGGUCUCCACGACAUAUUCAAGUGGCAGCAAAAGUUAUUCAACCUCAGUGUCGACCAGUGCGUCUACGUCGGCGUCGAAAUCGACCUCAACGUCUGCUUCAACAUCGACUGGUGUUUCAACUUCUGUUAGCACAAGCACCUCCACGUCAACAUCAGCAAGUGUUAGUACACCAACUACAACAAUAUUCUCGACAUACUCAAGUGCCAGCACAAGUACCUCAACAUCAAUAUCCACCAGUGUGUCUACCUCAACGUCAACUAGUGUGAGUACACCGACAACAUCGGUUUCCAAGACAUUGUCAAGUGCAAGCACAAGUGCCUCGACGACAGCGUCCACCUCUACAUCUGUUUCAACAUCGACUUCAUUGAGCACAAGUAAGUCACCAAGUCUAUCAACAUCGCUCAGCACUAGCACAUCCACAUCGACCUCGACAAGUGUCAGUACACCAACAACCACAGUUUUCUCGACAUAUUCCAGUGCAAGCACAAGUACUUCAACAUCCGUAUCCACCAGUGUGUCUACCUCAACGUCAACUAGUGUGAGCACUAGUACCAGUGCCAGCACAUCAGUAUCAACGAGUGUUUCCACAUCAGUAUCAACUUCAACAUCAACAUCAACCACCUUGUCUCGUUUCACCAGUUUGGUGACGACAACGACGCCAACAUUCACGAAGUCUGUUUCCUCAUCGGCUUCCACGAGUUUCUCGAGCUCAAUUAGUCCCUCGCUGUCCUCCUCAGUUUCGACAUCUUUUAGCGUUUCGUCAAUCUGUCCAUCAUGCUUCUACAUUAACAGCAAAAAUGUGACAGAAUAUCAUGCGCCCGACACUACCUGGACAGAUGGGAGCUGCUUGAAACUCAAGUGCGAACUUACUGUUAACCCUUGCUACCCUCUAAACCAAAGUGUACAGAUAAAAACAGAGCAUGUUAUUUGCGACAAAUGUCCAACGGGUUAUAUUCGACCUCCUGCCAAUGAUAAGGAUUGUUGUCCUCCAUGCGAACCAGGCCCCAACUUCGACAUAGCCAGCAGUGGCACUUGUUUACUGAAAAAAGGAAAAUUUGAUUACAUCAAGACAAAGGAAAACUGCACAUCCAGAGCUAAGUACCAGCACAACAAAUGCCGCGGAACUUGUGAGUCCAUGUCCACUUCAACGUAUGGCGAGACCGGCCUGGAGUCGUUCUGCACAUGUUGCGAGCCCGCUACAGGAAAACGCUACACGGCAACUCUAGACUGCCCCAACAACGAAGUCCGUUCGACAACCUUUUUCGAGAUUAAAGCAUGUCGCUGUCAACAGUUCAAGUGUGUGUCUGAACAGGACAAAAGCGGAAUAAAGGAAAUCGACGAAAAAGGUCAAGUUGUGGACAUCAAUCAACAAAGUGUUGGCCGAAGACGUCGUCGUUAAGCAAUUAUAGGGGAACGAAUGGGUCAAAGUAAUAGUUAUCUCACAAACUCGUAACCUUAUAUGAUGGGAGUUAAUGUCUAAUAAAAAACGUACCGGAGAUGUAAA